AUGGCUACAGAUAUACCCAUCGAGAAUACCAACGUGAACACGGCCCCCCAAGUCCAGCUUGACCAGACACAACGGCUCCUAGCAGGAAGUGUGCUUGAUCUUUUUGCCGGUCGCCCUUCGCUCAAAAAGCUCAGUCUUUGGACCGACGAUGCGACAUUCGAAGAUCCCCUGACUAAAGCUGGCGGAAGAAAACAAUACGAAGCGCAAUGGUAUGGCCUACAAACGGCAUUUUCUGAGAUUGAGCGCCUGAACCACCAAGUCACGAGUUCGGGCAACCCUAUCGAAAUGGACCUGAGCCAGCGAUAUAAAGUCAAAGGCAUCGGCAUGGAGAAGACUAUUAACAGCAAGGUCAAAAUCUUCUACAACAAUGCCGGAAAGAUUACCAGAGUGGAGGAUCGCUGGGACGGCGAGCUGCCCGACAGUUCGAUUCAGAACGUAUUCCGCAGCCUAAACGCCGUCACUGUGCCGAAGAUGGUGGGCGUACCGAAAAACGAUGCAGAAGAUGCAAAGAAGGGUAACUAA